AUGAGUAAUCGGGAUGAGGAGAUAAAGCAAAGGGAAGAAAAAUCUUCAAAAAAGAACAUCGACAUUGCAUUCGACAGUGAGGAAAUGGACAUUCCGGUUAAUAAGGACGUCUCCAAAAAUCAAGGUGAGGUAGUGCAUGAAAAAUUACUUAGUGGUGUAAACAUAAGGAACCAUAAGGAUAAAAAGAGUCUUGAAAGGAAUAACGAAAAUGUGGAAAAGGAAAAACUGCUAAUUUUCAAUAAUUAUAUUAAAAAGGAGGGGCAGAAUAUUAGUAACGAGAUAGAAGAGAAACAAGACAAAGAUAAAAAUAGCACGAAAAAGGAAGAGCACAAAAGCAUAAACGAAGAUGAAUUCGAAAUUCCAAUACAAAGGAAAAAAAGAACUCAUCACACCGAUUUUUUAAGUAAAGGUUUUUUUAAAAGUAAAGAUUAUGAAGAUUCUGAAGAAAAUAAAAGAUUGCACAUUUUGGACAUUUUUAAUUAUCACGAUUUUCCUGUUGAUUUAUUUGAAAAAAAAAAAAGAAGAACAAAAAAUAGAGAAAAAAAAUUUGUCAUCGAAUUUGUAGAUACAUAUAAUGACGAAUUUGUAAAAAAAAAUAUUAACAACAAUCUUAUUUUUGAGUCCAUAGGUGUAUGUAAAGGAAUUUCCUUUUUGCAUAUAAAUAAAAACAUUAAUGUAAAUUGCUUAGGGUCAAAAGACAACAAUGCAUUUUAUUUUUAUAAAAUUAUACCAUUCGAUAAAAUUUAUUCGAAGGAUACUAUCAAUAAAAUAUUAAGUAGCAAAAAUAUGUCGUCUAAAAAUGACGAAAUAAAACAGUACAACAAUAGAAAAAAAGAACUCAACACUGACAAUGCUAUGCACAAAGAGAACAAUGAUCAUGAGGAAUAUAAUCCCUUUUUAAAAAAUUAUAAUAUGAUAAAAAAUUACCUUUUUAAUAAAAGAAAAGAAAAAAAAACUUUAUAUAACGAUUUGUAUUUAUCACCUUAUGAAAAAAAUUUAAAAUCAAGUAUAUGUAUAGGAACACAUAUAUAUUCAAAAGAAAGAGCUGUGAAGAAAUGCUUCGGGUUGCUAAUUGAGCAAAAUGUAUAUUCCAUAGACCAGACCCAGGAUGAAAAUACAUCAGUGAAUAAAAAUUUGGAAAAUUUAUAUUUUGAUUUUCCAUUUUAUAAAAAUAAAAUAACAUUUAAACCCAUAUAUUACCCAUAUAAAAAUAUCCCAGUUGUAAGUGACUCAUUUCAAAAUUAUUAUAAAAAUAUUCAGUGGGAAGAAAUGACAAAGUUGAAAGAUCCUCAAUUUUAUUAUGACAUAAAAAACAGCUUCUUUAACUUUUCGAAGGAUGUAUAUUUAACGACAAAAGGUGCGAUUAAGCAGUUUGAUUCACCAAAGGAUUUCAUCUUUCAAACAGCUAAUCGAAUGAAGGACAUAAAUUUCCAGAUGAUGAAGAUUUGCGAAAGAUCAUUUGAUAUAAUUCACGACUCCGUAAUGAAGCUCAGCCAGGUGUCCAAAAGUUCUUAA